AUUAGCCUAGAUAGAUCAUUAUAAGUUGAUAGAUAUAUCGUUUAUUAUUUUUUAGAUAAAAGAAAGAAAGAGAGAAAGGUAUAUUACAAUAUAUAUGGAGGGUGUAAAAAUGGAGUUGAGUCCAGCAACACGUAUAUUUCAUUCUCAGAAAUACAAUAGUUAUAUAAUUGCAAUCAUAGGCUUCAAAACAAAAGUUGAUCCCAUUAUCAUCAAGACUGGUCUCACCCAAACUCUGAUCAAACAUCCUCGCUUCUCUAGUAAGCUGGUGAAGGAUGAAGGAUGGAUUCCUUGCUCAGUAAACCUAGAAGAACAUGUGAUCGUUCCAAACAUUGAUGAUCCAACAAUGGACGAUCCAGAUAAAUUUAUGGAAGACUACAUCUCGCACAUGACAACAACACCACUCAACAUUUGUAGGCCUCUAUGGGAGCUUCAUAUACUUAAUUUGAAAACUUCACAGUCUGAGGCAUCAGUAGUGUUCAGAAUUCACCACUCCGUUGGGGAUGGAGUUUCUUUAAUGUCUCUUCUGUUGGCUUGCACUCGCCAAACCUCUGACCCCGAAAAGCUACCCACACUUCCAGGCCAAAACAUAAAUUCUAGUAAGAGAAAAUCAUCAUCAUCGCCUUGGAGUUGGAUUUGGGGAUUGUUGUUGCGUGUUUGGUUGGCAAUGUCAUUAGUUUGGAAUACUUUUGUGGAUUUUGUAACGUAUGUGGCUACCAUUUUGUUCCUCAAGGAUACAAAUACUCCAAUCAAAGGCCAAAAGGGGUCUGAAUUUGCUGUUACUCGUUUUGUUCAUCGUACACUUAGUUUGGAUGACAUCAAGUUAAUCAAAGAUGCAAUGAACGCGACAGUGAACGACGUCUUAGUAGGGGUAACACAAGCUGGCUUUUCGCGAUAUUUGAACCGUAGAUAUGGUGCUACACAUGGAAAACAUGAUAUCAAUGGAAAUUACCUACCUAAAGGAAUACGUCUUAGGGCAAGAAUUGCAGUUAAUUUAAGACCUGUUAAAGGUAUUCAGGAUCUUGCAGAUUUAAUGUCUAAGGGUACAAAGUCAAAGUGGGGUAACUUGUAUGGGUUUAUCCUUCUCCCUUUCAAAAUUGCUUUACGAGAUGAUCCGUUGGAUUAUGUUCGUGUAGCCAAAUCAACGGUUGAUAAGAAAAAGAACUCUGGAGGAAUCUUCUGCACUUACUUACUUAAUAAAAUUAUACUCAAAACUUUCGGAAUUAAGGCUGCUGCAAAAGUAUCACACAGAGCAGCUUUUAAUAUAACAACAGGUUUCUCAAACAUGAUUGGUCCUCUUGAAGAAAUUAGUUUUUAUGGUCAUCCACUUUCUUACAUUGCUGUAGCUGUUUAUGGCUUUCCACGUGCAUUGUCAAUCCAAUUCCAAAGUUAUGUUAAUAAAAUGACAAUGGCUUUAGGAGUGGACCCAAAUGUGAUUCCUGAUCCUCAACAACUACUUGAUGAUAUGGAAGAAUCUCUCAAACUCAUUAAGGAAGCUCUUCUUAAUCAAGGCCUACUACCACCACUCCAACAUCCUUAGCUACCUAUUUUUUUUAUACAAAUUAUAAAUAAUUUAUCAUUCUAAAAAUAGUCAUUUGUAAUUCUAUGCAGACAAAAAGUACAACUCAUAUUCAAAAAAAAUGUUUGAAGUUUCAACCCUAUUUUUAGUAAUUUUUUAUUUUUAAAAAAAAAUCCCUAUUAAGAAAAUUGUACAUCAUCAUUAAUUCUUCGAAUGUUAGAAGAAAAACAUCAUCCUCAACUUAGCUAAA